AUGACGCUGAUUGCGCUGACGUUCUUCUUCGUCGGCACCCUUGUCUCUGGUCUAUCAAACAACUUCACGCAGAUGCUGGUCGGUCGGUCCGUCCAGGGCGUCGGAGGAGGCGGCAUCAUCGCCCUCACGGAAAUCGUGGUCACAGAUCUAAUCCCCAUGCGCGAACGAGGGAAAUACUUCGGCAUCCUGAGCUCGAUGUGGAGUUUAGGAUCAGUGCUGGGCCCUGUGUUGGGCGGCGGAUUCUCACAGAACGUCUCCUGGCGAUGGAUCUUUUACAUCAACUUCCCCUUCGUGGGCAUCAGCUUGAUAUUUAUCAUCCUCUUCUUCAAGCUUACCCGUAUCCCGGACUCGCUGGCCACGAAGUUACGCAGGAUAGACUAUAUCGGAUCAGCGCUGUUCAUUGCCUCUGCGGUCUCCUUUCUCAUCCCGGUCACUUGGGGAGGAGUCAUGUACGACUGGAGCUCCUGGCGGACACUGGUGCCCCUGAUACUGGGCAUUGCAGGACUGAUUGGAUUCAUGUUCUAUGAGACGUACUUCGCUGCCGAUCCCAUGAUUCCCGUUACCGUCUUUGCUACUCGAACCGCCAUCGUGUCGUACAUUGAGACGGUGCUACAUGGCCUCGUCCUCUGGUGCGGCCUCUACUACUUGCCUCUUUACUUCGAGACAGUCAAGGAAUACUCGCCCAUCCUGUCCGGCGUCGCUCUUUUCCCGCUCAGCUUUACUGUCGCCCCGAGUGCCGUCGUAGUAGGCGUCAUCACCACCCUAACAGGCAAAUACCGCUGGUCAAUCUGGAUGGGCUUCUUCCUCAGCACACUGGGAAUGGGCCUGCUUGCCAUUCUAAAGGUGGACAGCAGCGUUCCAGCAUGGAUCUUCCUCAUGCUCCCCGCCGGCGUGGGAUUAGGCAUGCUUUUCCCCGGCCUUGGUUUCGCCAUCCAAGCCUCCGCGCUCAAGGGCCAUAUGUCCAUGGCCGUAGCGAUGUUCAGCUUCUUCCGCGCGUUCGGUCAAGCCAUUGGCGUUGCUAUCGGCGGCGUCAUCUUCCAGAACCGCAUGGUUGCCAAGUUGAGGAAAUAUCCUGAGUUUUCUGCCCCGGGUCUUGCAGAGAAGCUGAGCAAGGAUGCCGCUGUGUUAGUGCAGGUGGUUCGAGGUAUGCCUGAGGGUCCGCAGAAGAUGCAUCUCAAGGAGGCGUUUACGGGCAGCUUGAGGUUUGUCUGGAUCGUCUGCUGUGUGCUCCUGGCUGUUGGAGGGCUGUUGAGCGUAUUUACUGCCUCGUAUGACUUGAACCAGGGGAUCGAUUCGGAGCAGAAGCUGGUUGAGAAAAAGGAUCGCAACUCGACGGUUGAGACGGGUGUCACACCAUCUCAGAAGGCUUGA